AUGUCGUCCACGACAUCUCCAGCAUGCAAGAAGCUGCUCAUCUUCGGAGCAACCGGCCUAGUCGGGAGCCGCAUCACGCGAGAGAUCGUCCGAAAUAAAUCCAAGUUCGAGCGGAUCGCGAUCUUCACCUCUCCCACGACCGUCGAGUCGAAAUCCGAUCAGAUACAGAGUCUCAAGAAGGAAGGCGUCGACGUUAUUGUCGGCGACCUGACGAACUCCAGCGACGUGGCGAGAGCGUAUGAAGAUAUUGAUACGGUGAUUUCUGCCGUGGGAAGGAAUGCCAUCGAACACCAGAUCGAACUUGUACGACUCGCCAACGAGAGUUCGUCUGUUCACAGAUUCUUCCCGUCCGAGUAUGGCACUGAUAUCGAAUACGGCCCGUCGUCGGCCCAUGAGAUACCUCACCAGAAGAAGCUCAAGGUCAGAGCUGCACUCCGCUCCACCGACCGACUGGACCAUACUUUCGUCGUCACGGGGCCCUACGCGGACGGCGACUCCGGUCUCUACUUCAGCGCCAAUGCAUCCGCAAAGCAGACGGGCAGUUUCGACGUGAAGAACAAGGAGGCCGUUUUAUUGGGCGAUGGGAACCUCAAAAUCAGUUUCACCACCAUGCAUGACGUUGGGAAACUGGUUGUGCUCGCCGCUCUCCACGCAGAUGCUAGCCGGAAUAAGGCGUUGCGGGUCAACUCGUUCACGACCACCGACGCGGAAAUCCUCAAAGAAUUCGAGAAGCAGACUGGUGGUCAAUCCUGGAAAGUGUCGUACACGAGCCUCGAUGAGCUGAGAAGGCUCGAAAAGGAAGCUCUGGCCGCCGGGAGCCCCUUCGCGACCGUUUGUACUUUGAGAAGAAUCUGGGCCGAGGGAGGCACGUUGUACGAGAAGCGCGACAACUACCUUAUCGACGCCGAGGAUGUUAUGGACACUUUGGCAGAUGCCGUGGCCGAAGCCAUCAAGGUUCAGAAGAGGUGA